CCUCCCCCAACCGACGGGAAGGGCAGACGCGACGCGCGGGAAACGCAACGCGCGUUCGUAAAUUCAAAUUCGAAAGAACGGAUUUAUUUUUAAAUUGUGCUGUGUUUUGUGGCGGGAAAAUAAUAGCGAGCUGCCGUCGCCGGUUUUAAAUUUGGAAUGACAUUCGACCAAGCUCGAUUCCAUUUACGAAAAUUUUAAAAGGCAUAAAAGGAGCCUGGACUUCUUUUUAAUUUAUAACUGGACAGUGCUUUGGCGCGCGUUUCGCCUUUUUUCUCAACAAGCUCUGUUUUGAAUUAACGGCAUUGGCUCUCUUGUAGUUCCGCAGUGUUUUUUUAAUUUAAAUUAGCGAACUUUUGGUAAUUGGCCAUUGAACUUUAGUUUUUUGUAGAAACAAGCAAUUUUGAGAGCAAAAUGCUUCGGUAUUGGCUGUGUUUCGCUAGUGCGGUAUGUUUGGCGGGACAUUGUGGUGCGAAUUACUGCCGGGACGCCAACCUGUGUUGUCCCGGGCGGGACAGUGCGUGUGUGGUGCAAAAAGCUCAUCAGAACGCGAUCAUAGAAGACCUGACGGACAAGCCUUGCUACUGUGACCAUGCUUGCUUGAAGUUGGGAGACUGCUGUCCCGAUUUUCGAGAGACGUGUGGAGUGAUCGACUGCGUCGUAUCCAGUUGGGGGGCCUGGUCUGACUGCGACACGUCCUGCGGUUCUGGCAGCAUGAUGAGGACCAGGCGGGUGGUCCAGUCACCAGCUAGGGGGGGCCGGCACUGCCCCUCUCUGGUGCAGAGGAGGGCCUGCCAGGAGCACCAGGGAUGCGCCGCGGAUAGUGAUGUGCCUAUGAAAGCGGAGACAGCCAUGAUCCUACCGGGAGAGCUGUCGGUGAGCCGGCACUCCAACGAGACGGUGGACAUCAGGAAGAACCUCCGCCUGAGGAACCCUGACGACCCGGAGUCCAACUCGCAUAGAGAGUACUGUGUCCAGUUCCAAGUUUCCAAGGUAUCCAAGGCUUGCCACACCGACUCCGAUUACAAAGCUCUGAGAGAAGGCAACACGGUCUGCGUACUCUGCGAGACGGCUGCCUUACGCCGGGAUCUGAACUGGCGAUGCGACGGCCACGGCGUGGCUGGCCACACGACUCGCUUCUUCGCGAUGGUGGCGCCACUCUGCCACGGCAAGUGGGUCCGGUCUGAGACCACCCCGGACAAACAUAGCGAGUGCUGCACGAAACCCGACUUCAUUUUCAUUUAAAUGUAAUUUAUUUGAAACACUUCAUUUGUUUUUAAAUGUACUGCAUUUAUUUUUAAAGUACUUCAUUUGUUUACAAAUGUACUUUAUUUGUUUUCAAUUAAUUUACUUCAUUUGUUUUAAAAAAUGUAACUUCAUUUAUUUUUAAUUUUAAAAGUAUUUCAUUUAUUUUCAAAACUUCAUACGUUUUUUAACACAGUUCAUUUAUUUUUAAUUCAUUUGGUUAUAAUUUUAUUUUCGAAUAAUAACUAUGUUUUGAACGUAUUUCGUAUUACAAGUGUUUGAGAUGAUUUAAGAAACAUAUUACCCUCCUGAUUCUCGAAAGUUAUAUUUCAUUAGCAUUGGAUUAAACAUAGUUUAGAUUUCAUUUAUUCAUGUAAAUGGCUGUCGAAGAUUUCUUCCAAUAUAGUAUCGGUAUAGUGCAUAAAUACUUUCGCACUGACUAGUACCUAAUGUAAAGACAGCACAUUAAAAUAUUGGUUGUUGCAAAACAGAAUCUUAUUACAACCAUAUAAGAUUGUAUAUCUUAAUGUACCGUCACACAUACUUGAAAUAUGAACUUAAGCUAGCAUAGGUAGAGAUUUCGUUAAAAAAUAUGAAGUUAUUCUUCUACAGUACAUUCAUUUUUGAAACUUUCAUGAAAUAAAUGAAUAAUUUGUAAAUACAUUUAGUUUCACAAAUUUAAAUCAUUUUGGCAUUUAUAGGUCAAGCGAUCAGUCAAUGCCUGAGUGAGUUUUUAUUAUGUCAGCGAGACUUCAGAUUUGUAUGCUGUCUCGUCGUAAUAAUCAGGGAUGUCAUGGAUAUCCGUAAUCGUAACCGAAACUUUCGGAUAUCCGAAA